UAGUUCAGUCGAGAACUACCGUCAGUGGCUGCGCAAAGGCAGAAGUUUAUUUGCGGGUUUCUUCGAAAAACCCAACUGGAUAAUAUAAUAUUAUGCUGUGUCUUCGACAUAUCUUACAAUAGCAAACUGUUCAAAUAAUAAUUACGUUUCUCGAUCACAAUCAUCCACCCAAGUUUACUACUAAGUGUUCCAAUAUUUGCCAAGACCGUCACAUCGGAUAAGUUACACAUACAUAUGUAUAUAUAUUUAUAUAUAUUCUAUGGUGUACAUAUAAAAAAAUGAUAGAUACGUGUAUAAAUAUAUAUGUAUACUCAAAUCAGUGUCAUUAAUUUAACUUCUUCCUAAUAAUAAAUAUGUACUCGAAUGACUUAUAGUUGCCUUAUUAAGUGCCGAAUCGAUCUAUCUACUUAGGAAUCGUACCUGUUUUGUAUUCUAAACUAAAAGUCUAAACGUGAAAAUUGCUGAAAAAGUGUUCCAGUGAAAAUCUGAAAGCUGAACUGCUGGAUAAUUGCUUUCCGACGCAUAUAUGAUAUAUACUUUAUGUAAACACUAGGAAUAACAAAAGAAAAACUUACAUAUAAUAUGCAUAUCUUACAUCGGACCAAUGACCAUCAAUUUGAGGAUCAAAAAUUUAUGAUGGAGCGCCUUAGUGGUCAUGGCAGCUUGGGCCUUUCCAGCAGCAGCCCGGCUUAUACAACUCAUUCAGGAGGGCAUUCGGGCCGAGGUCCCACAUCCGGACACAGUGGACAUAGUGGUACCCAUGGGUCGGCAGCAACCAUGCAUCACCAAUCAUUGCAGUCUGAUUUUCAGCCCCCGUAUUUUCCACCACCUUUUCAUCACUCUGCUCAGAGCCCUCCCCAGCAACAGAUAUCUGGCUAUUUACAGAAUCACGGACCGUUGGAGUACUUAGGCACGGAUCCCUACGGCCAGCCCCUAUCCUCAUUGCACCACGCCCCACUUCAUCACUACAACCAGUUGGCUGGCCUCAGGUCGACACAAGAUCAACUGGGUAUUCAUAGGACUCAUAGGGAAGACUUGCAAGGACAUGUUACUCAGUUGUCUCACGGCUUUCCAUAUACGGAACGAAGAAGCGAUUACGGCAGUGCAAUAUCAGCCGGAGCAGCGCAUGGAACAAGACUCGGACAUGAACAUGAAUCUUUGGCCUUACAUCAAGCGCUGCAGAAUGCCGUUGAUGAUGUCCAAGCACCUGCCCUGGAUGAGAAUGUGGCGUUCAUGUCAGACUUACCUCUAAUAAAAAGCAUGAAAAGUGGGAAGGAAGCUGGAAACCUUGGCUCUGGAUCGCCUAGUGAGGUGUUUUGUGCAGUUCCAGGUCGACUUAGUCUUCUAUCAAGUACAUCGAAGUAUAAGGUCACAAUUGCCGAAGUCCAACGCAGACUGUCACCGCCCGAAUGCCUAAAUGCAUCGUUACUUGGCGGGGUGUUAAGAAGAGCAAAGAGCAAAAAUGGAGGCCGCCUUUUGAGGGAAAAGCUUGAGAAAAUCGGUCUGAACUUACCGGCGGGACGACGAAAAGCUGCUAAUGUCACACUGCUAACAUCUUUAGUCGAGGGAGAGGCAACACACUUGGCCAAAGAUUUUCACUUUGUUUGCGAAACUGAGUUUCCAGCCAGACAAUUGGCUGAAUAUAUUGUACGGCAUCAGACAGAACCCCAGGAUUCAUAUCGACGAAAAGAAAUUAUACUUCACUCACAACAAAUUACAAAAGAAUUGAUGCAAAUAUUGAGUCAGGAUCGAACCACUCAUUUUGGGACAAGAUCACAGCAUUUGUUGGAGCCUUCAAUGCAACGGCAUUUAACACACUUUUCCCUAAUAACGCAUGGAUUCGGUUCCCCUGCAAUUAUUGCUGUGCUACAUGCUUUUCAGACGUUUCUUAAUGAAUCUCUUAAUUAUUUGGAAAAACUAUAUCCUUCAAAUGGAGGCGGAAUGGUAUCUUCAUCUCUGGAUAAAAGUAAACUUGACAACGAUAAAAAAUGAUAGACUACACUGUAACAAACACGCUACUCGUAUUUAAAUAAAAACCUUUAAUACAAAAUUAGGUACAAUAUCUAUUUUAAUAAGUACUAAAUUAUUGUAAAUGUAUUUAGUUUAGUGUAAAUUAAUGAAAAUUUGUAAAACAGUAAUUUUAAAGUACGUAUUAAAAGGAUAUGUGCACACACA